AUGUUUGGCGGGCCCCCGCCGCCGCCACCACCUCUCCCUGGCGCGAUCUCGGGCCACUUCCUCUCGCAGCAAGCUAGCUCCUUCUCGUCGACGACGCAGGGCAUCGGGAUGCCGGUCAUGCGGCCCAAGAAGAAGCUCAAGGCGCUGCAUUGGGACAAGGUGGACUCGCCGAUGACGACGCACUGGGCGGCGCACGCGCCAUCGGCGGAGGAAAGGGAAGAAAAGUACCAGGAGCUCAGUAAGAAGGGUAUCCUGGACGAGGUAGAGAAGCUGUUCAUGGCCAAGGAGAUUAAGAAGCUCGGUGGAAGGUCAGGCAAGAAGGAUGAUAAGAAGCAGAUCAUUUCGUCCGAUUUGCGCAAAGCUUACGAAAUCGCUUUUGCUAAAUGCGCUGCCUACUCUAUCGAAAAGAUUGUGCAAAAGAUUAUCCACUGCGACGACGAAUUCCUCAACAACUCUGGUAUCCUGGACUUUUUGCAGAAGCCCGACCUUUCCAACAUUCCCGACAACACGCUCAAGCAGAUGGCGCCGUACAGCAAGGACUGGACGGGGCCGGGCGCCAAGGCGGAGGACGGGCGCGAGCAGGACCCGUCGGAGCUCACGCGGGAAGAUCAAAUCUACCUGUUUACGGUGUUUGAGCUCCAGCACUACUGGAAGAGCAGGAUGCGGGCUCUCGCGCUCACGCGGUCGUACGAGAUCGAGUACGACGAAAUUAACAACAGGAUCCGGCAGGUUAUGGAAGUGUCGGAGUCGCUGCGGGACUCGGUAUCGCUGAUGAACGUGUUGGGUCUGAUUCUGGACAUUGGCAACUACAUGAACGACGCCAAUAAGCAGGCCCGCGGAUUCAAGCUGAGCUCGCUCGCGCGGCUGGGCAUGGUCAAGGACGACAAGAACGAGACGACGCUGGCGGACAUGGUGGAGCGCAUCGUGCGCAACCAGUACCCCGAGUGGGAAGGAUUCGCCAUGGACAUUAUGGGAGUGAUUGCGGUGCAAAAGAUCAACGUGGACCACCUGCUGGCGGACGCCAAGAAGUACGUGGACAAUAUCAAGAACGUGCAGGCCUCGCUCGACUCGGGCAACCUGAGCGACCCCAAGAAGUUCCACCCGCAAGACCGCGUGAGCCAGGUGGUGCAGCGGUGCAUGAAGGACGCGCGGCGCAAGGCAGAGCAGAUGCAGCUGUACCUGGAGGAGAUGAGCAAGACGUACGACGACAUCAUGGUGUUUUACGGCGAGGAUCCGCGCGACGAGAACGCGCGACGCGACUUCUUCGCCAAGCUGGCGGGCUUCGUGACGGAGUGGAAGAAGUCGCGGGAGAAGAACGUGACGAUGGAGGAUACGCGGCGCAAGAACGAGGCGUCGAUGAAGAGGAAACAGCAGCUCAAGUCGCCGCUGCUCGCGGAGAGCAAGAACUUGGCCGGGGCGCCGCCCAGCCCGGUCAACGCGGGCGCGAUGGACUCGCUGCUGGAGAAGCUGCGCGCCGCGGCGCCGGCGACCAAGGACGAACGCGACAGGCGGCGCAGGGCGCGCUUGAAGGACAGGCACCGGGACCGCAUCGCGUCGGGCCAAAAGGUGCCGGAAUUCAACGAGAUCCCUCGCGGCGGCGCGAACGGAACGGCGGCGGCGGCCUACCACCACUCGGUUUCGGCGGGUGGAAACACAAAUCGGCCCGGCAGCGCGGCGGGCAGCGACGGCAACUUGCUCAGCCCGGCGCUCUCGUCGCCUAGGGAGGCGGGCGAGGACGAUGUGGCGGCGCGGGCGGCGAUGCUGCUGCAAGGCAUGCGGGGCGGGGAGGGCGACGACGUAGAUCCGGAGAGGAGGGAGGCGUUGCGGAAGCAGAGGACCGAGGAGGAGAGGAGGGCGAGGCGGAGGCGGCGGGAGACGGCGCGCUCGGCGAGGAGCGAGGAGGGUAAGGAGGAUGGUGGGCAGGAGGAUGUGAUGCCGCCGCCGCCGACGCCGAGGGAGUAG